CUCCGGAGAGGGACCCCAGCGGAACAGUGAUGGGACAGUUUUCAGGAGGAUGCUGCUGGAGUUUUGCUGUCAUCGGACUGCUCACUUUACAAGUUAUACCUGCGCUGGCAAGAGGCCCACGCGGUGAGUUCCAGCAGCAUGGACAGUCUGGGACGUUGCCUCAGUUCCUGCAGGAGCCGGUAGACGCCUACAUUGUCAAGAGUAACCCCAUAAAGCUGCGCUGUCAGGCGAGACCCGCCCUGCAGAUCUUUUUCAAGUGUAAUGGAGAAUGGGUCCAUCAGAGUCAGCACAUGUCCCAGGAGCACACUGAUACAGGAACAGGCCUGAAGAUCCGCGAGGUGAUGAUCAAUGUGUCACGGCAGCAGGUGGAGGACUUCCAUGGUCCAGAGGAUUACUGGUGUCUGUGUGUGGCCUGGAGCCACUUGGGAACCUCCAAGAGCCGCAAGGCAACUGUCCGCAUUGCCUACCUGAGAAAGAACUUUGAGCAAGACCCCCAGGGCUCAGAGGUUCCUCUGAAUGGGAUGAUCGUGCUGCAUUGUCGGCCCCCAGAGGGAGUGCCCGCGGCUGAGGUGGAAUGGCUGAAAAAUGAUGAACCCAUAAGCUCUGAUGGAGUGAUAAAUACUCGAGGGGACCAUAACCUCAUCAUAACAGAGGCACGGCUCUCAGAUUCAGGGAACUACACGUGUAUGGCCAGCAACAUUGUGGCGAAGAGGAGGAGCGUCACUGCCACUGUGGUUGUUUUCGUGAAUGGGGGCUGGUCGAUGUGGACAGACUGGUCUCCUUGUAACGUGCGCUGUGGUCGUGGUGUGCAGAAGCGGUCGCGCUCAUGCACAAACCCUGCUCCUCUGAACGGAGGCACCUUCUGUGAGGGCAUGUCGGUGCAGAAGAGCACCUGCAACAUCCUCUGCCCAGUGGAUGGUGGCUGGGGGGAGUGGGGUGAGUGGAGCCUAUGCAGUGGUGACUGUGAGCGGCAGAGGUCCAGAGAGUGCACUGCUCCUGAGCCCAAACAUGGAGGACGGCUAUGUGACGGAGUGUCCUUAUCUGUGGAAAACUGCACUGGAGGGGAGUGCGCUCAGGAUCGAAAGUUAUUGCAUGACCCAAAGCCCCAAGGGGUGGAAGGUAGCAGUGAUGUGGCCCUGUACUCUGGCCUGGCUGCUGGUGUGGUUACUGUAGUGGUGCUGAUCGUGGCUGUAACACUGUACAGAAGGAGCCAGAGUGAAUAUGGGGUGGAUGUCAUUGACUCCUCCGCACUCACCGGGGGAUUUCAGUCUUUCACCUUCAAAACUUCUCGACAAGCAAACGCUCUCCUCAUGAACUCGUCUAUGCAGGCUGAUCUGACAGUGUCGCGCACCUAUACCAGCCCCAUGUGUUUUCAGGACUCCAUUGAGAAGGAGCUGAUGGCUGAGCACUUGCUCCUGGAUCCUAUGCCUGAUAUUAAGGUCAAAGGAGUCACAGAGAGCUCAGAGUACCCCAUAAUCUCCCAUCCUCAGACAUUUCCCAGGGGUCUGGCUCCAGACUACAGGGGGGUACCAGUCGGGCCGACCUUAGGCCGGAGAGGAAAGAAUCCCUUCAAUGCACAAGUUUCACAGUGGACCACUAAACCUGUGCACAGAGCAUCUGCAGUGUUCAACCAUACAGGAGGAAAGCUGAUGGUCCCAAACACAGGCAUCAGUCUGCUGGUACCACACGGGGGUAUUGCAGAAGACACUACAUGGGAAAUGUACAUGAUUAUCAACCAGGAGGACAGCAGUGCUCUCUCUGAUGAUGGCACAGAGAUUUUCCUCAGUCCAGCAGUCACAUACGGCCCCACAGGCUUGGACCUGUCCUGUCCUAUAGCCAUGACCAUAGCUCAUUGUGCAGAGACCUCUGCUAACAACUGGAACAUACGUCUGAAGAGACAUGUGCUGGAUAAGUGGGAGGAAGUGAUGUCUGUGGAAGAGGAGAGCACUAGCUGCUACUGUCUGCUGGAGGCUCAUAGGUGCCAUGUGCUUCUACAGCAGCCAGGCCGAUAUGCUCUGGUGGGGGAGUCACUGAACCAGGAUGCAGCAAAGAGGUUGCAGCUGGCUGUGUUUGGAAGCCCUGACCCCAGCAGUGCUCUAGGCUUCACCCUCAGGGUCUACUGCGUGGAUGACACACCGCAUGCCUUUCAGGAGUUGGGAGUGGCGGAGCGGAGCCAAGGGGGGCGUCUGCUGGAAGAGCCCAAAAUUAUGGUGUUCAGGGGGAACAGGAACAGUCUCCAGGUGUCCAUCCAGGAUGUCCCACAGCUGCUCUGGACCAUCAAGCCUUUCACCACCUGCCAGGAGUUCAGCUUUUCUCAGGUGUGGACUGCUCACCAGCGCCCCCUGCAGUGUGCCUUCUCUCUGGAGCGUUACAGCCACCACUCUUCGACUCAUCUCUCCUGCAAGAUCAGCGUCAGACAGGUCAAAGGUGACGAGCAGCUCCUCCAGAUCUACACGUCUGUGCUGGAGAAUGAAAAGGGAGUGGUACCUUUUUGCAGCCAGGCGGACUGCAGCGUCACCUCUCAGACAGGGUCAAGGGCCUUCAAAAUCCCUCCGUCCAUUCGUCAGCGGAUUAGUGCCACUUUUGACUCAGCUAAUGCCAAGGGGAAGGACUGGCAGCUGUUGGCUCAAAAACUCCAAAUAAGCAGAAACCUGUGCUACUUUGCCUGUCAGGAGAGCCCAUCAUCAGCCAUCCUGAGCCUGUGGGAAGCACAGCACCAGGACUCAGCAGACCUGGACUCUCUGGCGUGUGCUCUAGAGGAGAUCAGCAGAGUGCAGGCGUGCAGGACGAACUCACUAGGCCACAGCGAGGAGGAGCGCGGCUCACGGGACUCAGACCUCAAUCAUCUGGGAUAAUAUUUACACUUACACUGCUCUGUGAGUUUUUGUCAAGAAACAGAAGACAGACAACACUAAGUGUUGAACUGUUAAUACCUGGGCUCUUCUGACAAACCAAAUAGUAAACUGCACUGGAGUUUUUGUGAAAAGCUAUCUCUUACUUUGCAUAAAAAAGCUAAAAUGAAGAAUUUCUGAGGUUAUGCAUCUGUGUCAAUCUGACACAAGAUCAUUUUUGGGAUGGUGUAUUCAAGGAUUAUGGAUAUGUGUGUUGGACUUGCCACAUAUCAUAUGAUGGAGUAUGUUUUUGACAGACUGCCAAUCAAUCAUGCCAUAGCGGUGAUCUCCCUCCAGGAUCGGAUUCUUGGGCACCUGCCCUUCCACAGUCCUCUCUGCUGUCAAAACAUUCACUCAUGUCAUUCAGUUGGCCUUUUUCUGCUCCUCUGCACACUGGCUAAGAUUACUGUUGGUGGAAAACAUAUUGGAUAGAGGCUGCCAAACUGCUCGGAAAUAUCAGGCACUUGCCUUACGGCAAAGACAUAGUGACAUUCAUCACAUUUUUUGAAGUAAUAAUUUGAUGCAAAAACCAAGACAUAAUAACACGUUGGGGGUGUUGAAUUUAAACCAAGGAAUCAUACAACCACUGUAUUCCACUGGUUUAUUUUUUACUCUGUGAGUUGAUUUAAAAACAGAAAUACAUUGGACACAGUCACUCAGACAGUCAUUAUUCAUUUCUAGAAGGGUUGGCAUAUGCUUGAACAGAAAAGUUAGGAUUUGGUUAUCCAUCUAAUGAGUUGUUCCACCUGUCCCUUAAGCUAAUAAAAUGACUUUGUGUUAAACUCUGCGUGGUUCCCUUUUUAACUACUUCACACAUUUAUCAUCAAAGUCACAAGCCCCCAACAAUGUCUCAUUUGUUAAGGUGAAAUAUCUUUGUUAUGACUAAGACUGUUUCUCGACUGUGAUGCUGAUUUAACAUUGUGGAACAAAGAGUGGGCAAAAGUGCCUCCUUUGAUUACUAAUUAAAGUGAUGCAGGUUGAUUAAUUCUUUUAUAA